AAUAUUCCUGUUAAUAUCUAAAAGUAUAUACUUAUAUUCUUGAGUGACAUAUCUAUUUCGUAACAAUUUCUUAAAUAUAUUUGAUGCACAAAGUAAAAUAUUUGCUGCUGACUUAAUUACUUUUUUUUUUAGAAAAUACAACUGUGACAAGUCCAAUGACAUCUCCAACUACGACAUUGUCAACAUCAACAACGACAACAUCCCCUAUACCAACUUCAACUACAUCAUUAACAACAACUCAAGCCACAACAUCUACAACAUCUCUGACCACAACAUCGACAACCACAUCUACAACAUCUCCGACCACAACGUCAACAACAACUCCAACCACAACACCCACAACAUUUACAGCCACAACAUCUCCUACUACAUCACCAACCACUACAUCAAAAACAUCUACAUCCACAACAUUGCCAACCACAACCUCAACAAAUUUUCCGUCCACAACCUCACCAAUAUAUCCAACUACAACAUUUACAUCACCAACCACACUACCCACAGCAUCUACAACCACAACAUCUCCAACUACAACAUCAACAACAUCACCAACCACCACAUCAACAACAUCUACACCCACAACUUCACCAACCACAUCUCCAACCACAAUGCUCACAACAUUGCCAACCAUAACAUCACCAACCACAACAUCUCCAACCAUAAUACCCACAACAUCGAAAAACACAAUAUCAACAACAUCGCCAACAACAACACCCACAACAUCUCCAACCACAAUAUCUCCAAUUACAACAUCACCAACGACAACAUCAAAAUCAUCUACAUCCACAACAUUGCCAACCAUAACACCCAUUACAUUACCAAUCAAAACAUCAACAUCUACAACCACAACAUCGACAACAUCACUAACCACAACAGCCACAGCAUCUCCAACAACAACAUUUCCAACCACAACAUCAACAUCUACAACCACAACAUCUACAACAUCGCCAACCACAACAUUGCCAACCACAAUCUCAACAAAUUCUCCAACUACAUCCUCACCAAUAUCUCCAACUACAACAUCACCAACCACAACAUCAACAUCUACACCCACAACAUUGACAACAUCUCUAACCACAACACCCACAGCAUCUCCAACCACAAAAUCAACAUCUACUCCCACAACAUCUACAACAUCACCAACCACAACAUCAACGUCUACAUCCACAACAAUACCCACAACAUCCACAACCACAACAUUAACAACAUCGCCAACCACAUCGACAACCACAACAUCAACAACUUCUCCAACCGCAACAUUUCCAACCACAGCAUCAACAACAUCUCCCACCACAACAUCUCCAACUACAACAUCACCAACAACCACAUCAAAAUCAUCUACACCCACAACAUCGCCAAUCACAACAACCAUAACAUUACCAAUCAAAACAUCAACAUCUACAACCACAACAUUGACAACAUCUCUAACCACAACACCCACAGCAUCUCCAACUAAAACAUUUCCAACCUCAACAUCUACAACCACAACAUCUAUAACAUCGCCAACCACAACAUUGCCAACCACGACCUCAACAAAUUAUCUAACUACAACAUCACCAAUAUCUCCAACUACAUCAUCUCCAACCACAACAUCUCCAACUACAUUAACAACAUCACUAACCACCACAUCAACAACAUCUCCUACCACAUCACCUCUAACCACAACAACAACAUCUCCAACCACAACAAAAACAACAUCACCAACAACACCGUUAACCACAACAUCUCCCACAACAUCUCUAACCACGACAUCACCAACCACAACACCCAUAACAUUACCAAUCACAACAUCUCCGACAACACCCACAACAUCUACAACCACAACAACUACAACCACAACAUCUACAACAUCGCCAACCACAAUAUUGCCAGCCACAACAUUGCCAACCACAUCCUCAACAAAUUCUCCAACUACAACCUCAUCAAUAUCUCCAAGCACAACACCCCUAACAUUACCAAUCACAACAUCAACAUCUACAACCACAACAUCUACAACAUUGCCAACCACAACAUUUCCAACCACGACAUCAACAAAUUCUCCAGCUACGACCGCACCAAUAUCUCCAACUACAUCGCCAACCACCACAUCGCCAACCACAGCAUCAACAACUUCUCCAACAACAUCAUUUCCAACCACAACAUCAACAACAUCUCCAACCACAACACCCACAUCUCCCACCACAACAUCUCCAAAUACAACAACAUCAACAUCUACAACAUCACCAACCACAACAUUGCCAACCACAACAUCAACAAAUUCUCCAACUACGACCGCACCAAUAUCUCCAACUACCACACCAUCAACAUCUCCAACCACAACACUCACAACAUCUACAACCACAACAUCAACAACUUCUCCAACCACAACAUCGUCAUCAACGACAUUUCCAUCCACAACACCAACAUCUACAACCACAAGAUCUACACCUUCAACCACAACACCCACAUCUACACCCACAACAUCACCAACCACAACAUCUCCAACAACAUCAAUAUCCACCACAUCAACAACAUCUCCAACCACAACACCUCUAACCACAACAACCACAACCUCUCCAACCGCAACAUUAACAACAUCUCCAACCACAACACCUCCAACUACAACAUCACUAACCACCACAUCAACAACAACAUCUACACCCACAACAUCACCAACCACAACACCCAUAACAUUACCAAUCACAACAUCUACAACCACAACAUCAACAACAUCUCCAACAACAACACCCACAGCAUCUUCAACCACAACAUCUCCAAGCACAACAUCAACAACAUCUCUGAUCACAACAUCUACAGCCACAACAUCGCCAACCACAACAUCGCCAGCCACAUCCUCAACAAAUUCUCCAACUACAACCUUACCAAUAUCGCCAAGCACAACACCCAUAACAUUAUCAAUCACAACAUCAUCAUCGACAACAACAACAUCUACAACAUCACCAACCACAUCAUCUACAUUUCCGACCACAGCAUCAACAGUAUCACCAACCACAAGAUCUCAAACCACAACAUCAACAUCUCCAACCACAACACCCACAGCAUCUACAACCACAACAUCAACAACUUCUCCAACCACAACAUCGCCAUCAACAACAUUUCCAUCCACAACAUCAACAACAUCUACAACCACAAGAUCUACACCUCCAACCACAACACCCACAUCAUCUCCAACCACAACAUCAAUAACAUCUACAACCACAACAUCAACAACUACAAUAUCAACAACGACUCCAACUACAACAUCACCAACCACCACAUCAACAACAUCUACACCCACAACAUCACUAACCAUAACAUCAUCAAACACAUCGCCAACCACAACACCCACAACAUCUCCAACCAUAACAUCAACAACAUCUACAACCACAAGAUCUACACCUCCAACCACUACACCCACAACAUCUCCAACCAUAACAUCAACAACAUCUCCAACCACAACAUCAACAACAUCUCCAACUGCAACAUCACCAACCACAGUAUCUCCAACCACAAUAUCCACAAGAUCAUCUUCCACAACAUCAAUAACAUCUCCAACCAUAACAUCACCAACAUCUCCAACCUCCACAUCAACUACAUCUACACCCGCAACAUCGCCAACCACAUCUCUAACCACAACAUCAACAAUAUCUCCAACCACAACAUCAACUUCAAUAAUUUCUCCAACCACAACACUCACAACAUUUACAACCACAACAUCUCCAACUACAACAUCCACAUCGCCAACCACAUCGCCAACCACAAUAUCAACAACAUCUCCAACCACAACAUCAACAACAUCUCCAACCACAACAUCAACAAUGUCUCCAACCAGAACACCCAAAACAUCUACAAUCACAACAUCACCAACCACAACAUCAACAGCAUCAACAACAUCACCAAUUACUCCACUGACAACAUCACCAACCACAACACCCACAUCCAGAACCACAACAUCCUUCACAUCAACAUCAACAACUACAAAAUCUCCAACCACCACAUCAACAAUAUCUCCAAACACAUCAACAACAUUACCAACCACAACAUCAACAACAUCUCCAACCACAAUAUCAACAACAUCUCCUACCACCACACCAACAUCUCCAACGACAACAUUAAUAUCUACAACUACAACAUCUCCAAUUACAACAUCGCCAAGCACAACAUCAACAUCUCCAACUACAAUGUUGCCACCCACAGCAACAACAAUAUCUUCAACUUCAACACCAACAACAUCUCCAAUCAUAACAACAACAGCAACAUCUUCAACUUCAACAUCUUCAACCCUAUUCACAGCAAGUAAGUGUGGGUAAGGAAGUGGAUGGAUGUAGGUAAAAAGCACAAAGGGCAGGAGUCCUUGGCAACAGUAAAACAGAUUAUAUUUUGAUAGCCUGGCACAAAAUUCCAGUUCGAAGUGUCACCUGAAAAACUAAUAUUAAACCAGUUGUAAUACGAUUUCUUCUGCUCCUCUCAAAUAUUAGACUAUGGUUAGUAAAUUACCACAAGAAUAUUAGAAAUCAGAGUAAGAUUAAUAAACAAGUCCUUUUGAGCUUACCCUGGCAUCUAGUAAAAUCAUGGGUGAUUUAAAAAUUUUGUCCCAACUACGUUCCUGGCUGAUCCCCCAAAAUCAUAAUCUCUGUUCUGACCCAAAUUCUGUCUGAACCUUGAAUAUAUUUAAUUAAUUGGCCUGCACAGCUCACUGGGAUAGAAAGUUCCAAAAAUUCCCAACCCUCUUGAAAAAGUAAUAACUUGUUAUUUAAAGCUUUGCUUACUUGUUUUAGAUUUCCCAUUGAUAUAAAUAUUAAACAUGUCAAGCACCUUCAGAAUCAAGGGCGCUUUGGGGCCACCUCCUGCACCCACACACAACUGACUGACUUCAUCCACUUCACCACCAACUUCCAUCCGGCACUCCAAUACACCUGGAACAUUUCCGACUCUUCCCUACCAUUCCUUGACCUCACCAUCUCCAUCGCAGGGGACAGACUUCUGACCGACAUACACUACAAACCCACUGACUCGCAUGGCUAUCUGGACUACACGUCUUCCCACCCUGCCCCCAGUAAAGACUCCAUCCCCUACUCCCAAUUCCUCCGCCUACGCCGCAUCUGUUCCCAGGAUGAGACGUUCCACACCAGGGCAUCGGAAAUGUCCUCGCUCUUCAGGGAACGGGGAUUUCCCUCCUCCACCAUAGAUGAGGCUCGCACCAGGGUCUCGUCCAUACCCCACAACAUUGCUCUCUCUCCCCAUUCCCGCACUCGCAACAAGGGCAGAGUCCCCCUGGUCCUCACCUUUCACCCCACCAACCGGCAAAUACACCAAAUAAUCCUCCGCCAUUUCCGCCACCUCCAACGUGACCCCACCACUCGCCACAUCUUCCCAUCUCCCCCCAUGUCUGCCUUCCGCAAAGACCGCUCCCUCCGCAACUCCCUUGUCAAUUCUUCCCUUCCCUCCCGUACCACCCCCUCCUCGGG